AUGCGGUCUAGAAUAUUCGCGGAGAGAAAUAUCAAAUUCAAGGAGGCGGUGGAGUUGGCUCUGGCGCUGGAGGCUGCAGAGAAGCACGCGGAGUAUCGAAACUGUGAAAAUGCUACUACGGGAGUUUCUCCGGCUGUCGCGUUGUUAAGACGUCGCUUACGAGGACGUCUGGACGCGUUACGCCCGAACGUGUCAAAGGUCGUGGAGUCGGUGCAAGAUAGGCAGGUUGCUAAUAAAAUGGGGUCAACCCGUCAAAUUAAAGUAGGGGAUGACGUUAUGGUACGCGAUUAUACUAAGAACGGAACUAAGUGGACAGAGGGAACUGUAAAAGGUCAGGCGGGUCCAGUGUCGUAUAAAGUAGAUGUGGGUGAUGGAGUGACGUGGCGUAGGCAUCACGAUCAAGUGAUUAAACUAAAUAAAAAAGAUCGGUUUUCUUUAUCGCGGACUAACCAGCACGGCUCGGAAAUUCACAAAGGGAAAAAUGAGAUCGAAAAUGUUAGCGGGUCGGGGUCGGCAGGUAGUGAGGGUGAGGAGGAUAGGUUUGAGGACGCGGCAGGAGAAGUCGAGGACAGUGGCCCGGAGACACGUUCAUUGUCGCCUGGACCGCGGAAUGCAUCAUCCGAGAACAGCGAGCAUUGGAUUUAUGAGGAGGAACCCAUUUGUGCUAUCUUCAUGCAUGUAUGUACAUAG